AUGAAGAUCACUGAGAAAUUGUCUAGUGCGCAUCGAAGAGAGGAUGCGCCGCCCACAUUCUCUUUCGAAUUCUUCACCCCAAAGACUGCACAAGGAGUCCAGAACUUGUAUGAUAGAAUGGAUAGAAUGUACAACUUAAGUCCGCAGUUCAUAGACAUCACUUGGAAUGCUGGAGGGCGUUCGUCUAACCUCACUUGCGAAAUGAUCAACACUGCGCAAACAGUAUUGGGGUUGGAAACCUGUAUGCAUUUGACCUGUACCAAUAUGACCUUGGAAGUGAUUGACGAAGCUCUAAAGUCGGCGUAUGAUUCAGGUUGUCAAAACAUUCUGGCGCUUCGUGGAGAUCCACCUUUAGACGGGUCUGAAUCUACUGGCUGUUUUAGAUAUGCUAAGGAUUUGAUCAAGCAUAUUAAGGAGAAGUAUGGCCAUCCUGAUGAACCAGAUGUUGACCGAUUGAUUGAAAUAUUGAAAGAAAAGCAGGAUGCUGGUGGUGACUUUAUGAUUACUCAGAUGUUCUACGAUGUAGAGCAGUUUAUCACUUGGUGUAAAAAAGUUAGAGAUUACGGUAUUACUAUACCAAUCAUUCCUGGAAUCAUGCCCAUUUCGACAUAUGCCUCUUUCUCUCGUAGAGCAAAGUGGUGUCAAAUAAAUGUCCCAUCCUGGUUCCAGAAACAGCUAGAUGCCAGCAAGGAUGACGACUCUGAAGUUCGUUGUCUGGGUACGCAGCUAGUAGCUGAUAUGUGUUUGAAGUUAGUUGAGUCUGGCUAUGUUAACCAUUUACACUUUUACACUAUGAAUCUUGAAAAAUCGACAAUUAUGGUUUUAGAAAAGCUUCAACUAAUAGACACACACAAUCAGCCAGUCGCUUCUGUUCGUGACUGUGGUGUUGAAUCCCAGGUUACUGUUCCAUGGAGAAGAUCUCUUAACCCCACAAGAGUUAAUGAAUCUAUAAGACCUAUAUUUUGGAGCAACAGAAAGUUCACCUAUAUUUCUAGAACUUCCAACUGGGACGAGUUUCCCAAUGGUCGAUGGGGUGAUUCCAGAUCGCCGGCAUUUGGCGAGGUUGAUCUCUGUGAUGGUGAUUUGAUCCGCCAUUCUCCUAAACGAGCAGUGGAGCUAUGGGGUAAGCCGCAAUCCAUAGAUGAUGUGAUUGAUCUUUUCGUUCGUUACUUACAAGGUAAUCUCUCUUCACUACCUUGGUCAGAUGGAGAAACCAGCAAGGAGAUCAAUGUUUUAUUAGAUGAUUUGCUGGCCUUGAACCGUCAAGGAAUUUUAACCAUCAAUUCUCAACCCUGCGUUAAUGGACUCCCUUCUAACCAUAACGUACAUGGUUGGGGACCAUCUAAUGGGUUUGUCUAUCAAAAGCAAUACUUAGAGUUCUUCAUUCCGGCAAAAUUCUUGACAAAGCUGAUCAGCAACAUUGAAGAACUUAAUAAGUCAUACUCUUCCAACUUCAAUACUUUGACUUUCUACGCUGUGAAUGCUCAAGGAGAGCUAAUAACUAACAGCAAAGAAGAUGACAUCAACGCUGUUACUUGGGGAAUCUUUCCUGGUAAAGAAGUGGUCCAACCUACUAUUGUAGAACGAUGCUCCUUCCUUGCUUGGAAAGACGAAGCAUUCCGGGUUUUCAAAGCUUGGUCUUCGUUGUUCAAGGACCAGGAUCAGGACGAAUUUGAAGUUCUUAGAGAUUCCAAAACUAGAGCUGUUCUGGAUAAACUUCAUGAUGAAUACUUUUUGGUCAACAUUGUGGAUAACAACUACGUCCAGAAUCCUAAUGUCAAGAUUUUUGAUCUGUUCAAAACGUUGCAUUAA